AUGUGGGGCCUAUGGGAUAGUGUGCCCGUUGGUCAAAAGAGAGACCACUUCUCAGUUAUCAAGCACCUUCAGCACGAGAAUGUUAUAGCUCUUAAAGAUGUGAUGCUGCCUAAUCACAAGGGGAGUUUCAUGGAUGUGUACUUGGUUUAUAAGCUUAUGGAUACCGACUUGCACCAGAUCAUUAAGUCGUCUCAGACACUCACGAAUGACUAUUGCCAGUAUUUCCUAUUCCAGGCUGAUCUUGACAGUUUUCUAUGGAGCCAUCGGAUGGCUCGGCUUAUGGAGCCAUCCAAACUUAUUCACCAAUAG